CCUCCCAGGCGCGCGCAGCCGAACGGUCGCGGCGCACAGGCUGCCGGGAAGCUGGAGGACUGGCAGGCGGCGGGGGCGGGGCGCCAAGAUGGCCGUUGUUGUGAGGCGAGGAAGAACUUCAUCAGUCUUGUCAUCUGUUCCUUUACAGCUUCUAUUUUAUGUAAAUGGUAUUUACUACAUCUUUUACUUCUUGGCAACUCUUGCAAUGAUUGUUUAUAAAAGUCAAGUUUUCAGUUAUCCAGAUGAUUUUUUGGCUCCAGACCUUGCUUUGCUUCUCAUUAUGGCUAUUCUUGAAGUGCUCCGAUUAUACUUCGGUUCAAAGGGUAACCUGACAGAAGAAGAGGCUCCAUUAGGGCUCAGUCUUGUGAUCACUGUUGGGAGCGUGAUUCUGUCUGUCUAUUUCCUGGUGUGGCAAACUUACGUGCUGAAAGCAGACGUCAUUAUAAACGCUGUUCUUCUCUUUACAUAUGGGCUUGAGUCAGUACUAAAGGUCAUAGCCAUUGCUGCUUUUGUCAGCUAAACCCUAGCAGUUUCCAACAUGUUUUCAACACUUUUCUUCUAUAAAAGAGUGGGUUUAUAUUUCAAAUAUUUAAUAAUUUUGCAUAUAAAAUUCCUGUAAAACUUUCCUCUGUUUAAAGCACAAAGUUUUGAGGGGCAGAGAUCUCCCUGAUGGGCCGGUAAAAUAUCCUGUCUAGCAGCUGUGUCAUGCUAUCUCAUUGGAUAGCUUACUUACAAGCAAAGGCAAGAGAUGAUUCAGCAAAAACACUUAAUGCUCUGCUAUUCAUCAGGGAUCAAUACUAAAUAUUCAUUCCCCACACAGAAUAGUAGCCAGGGCAUCAUCUAGCUACGUGCUGUUGAGAUACGAGUUUUCACGCCAUAGCAGCCACGUACAACCAAAGUGACACAGAAAUGAAUCAGGCCAAUAUAGCAUGAACUCAUUUCUGCCUUACCGCGUACACCUUCAUGUUUGAGGGCACAGUUUCUCUUCUGCUCUCAUUUGUGUUCUCAGACCCCAGUGGUAAUUUCCAUGACUUUAGUAGGGCACUACCUGAUUUAUCCCAGUGGGAGAGAGCUGAAUUAAGGUUUGUGCGUAGCCAGAGAGCUGAGCUAUGGGGUUUAGGCAGCUGGUUCGUACUGAUGGAGAGGCCAAAGGCAGUAGUGUGAGGGUAUUUUUGUUUAAAUAGAAUGGUCUAAGAUGGGCAUAAACAGUCACCAUUCACUCAGCCUUCUAUUUAAAAGUCCAACAGAAUGUUGUCAGGUGUACUUCUGUUUGGUGUUAAAUGCGUUUGUUUCCAUGAUUCUGGAAACUUUACGACGUUCAAGCCUUGAACUGUGUGCAAUUUCAGAUUUUCACUGUAUCAAAAAUAUGCAUGUAUUAAUGUAACACUUGGGGAGUUUGCGGGGCUUUUGUACAAGCAGGUUUUAUAUUCAGAAUUUCCUGUUUUUCUAUUUAUUUAUUCAAAUAAAUAAUGUUUUAGAUCUAAGAAAUGUUUGAAGUGCAGAGCAUCUUGUUCAGAUCCUAGGCUACAGUUAAACUGCACAAAGGAAGACUUGGAUGAGACUGGAUCUGUGCAAGAGACUCUUCUGCUCCUGCUGCCACUGCAUGUAGGUUGUUCUCCUGCACAGGGAAAGCUCUGCGCUAAUUUGCACCAGCCAGGGGCUGAAAAUAGAGUGGUGUGGGCCCUGUAUCGCCUCAGCCAUGCUACUGGUUUCUUUCUGGUGGUGGUAGAAGGGAACAAACGAUGCAGAAGUUCCUGCAGAAGGGCCCAGUUUCAUCCCUCGGUCAUACCCAGGGGAGCCACUGCCAAAGCCAGGUCACACCAACUCCUGUCCACGUUACACCACCCAGCAGUCAAAAUCAAAACAAAAUCAUACGCAUUGGCACAAAUCCCCUUGGGCCAGAUCCUGUCACGUCAGUGGCACAACCAGCCUUUUGCUGAUCAGCAGGGACAAGGCUGCACCCAUGAAGGCAAUGUAAAAGCAGCGGAACUGGGUGCUAAGGAGCCAGGAAACUGAGUGGCCAAAUGUUUCUGUGCUUAAUCUGCACGAAUCAAACCCCCACCCAUUUGUCCUUCCAGAUUUGCCUGGCAUAAUGGAAUGUACUCAUCACAUCACAGAGUUGUUAUGAGAAGUGACAAACGCACCAGGCUCUAUCUACCCCGUUAAUGACGAAGGCAUACCGAGCAAAACCCCUCUCUGUGCGAGUACAAAUAUAAGCACAAACUUUUUUCUGGUAUUUACACCU